AUGCUCAUCCCAACCCUCAUUAGUGUAUUGCUCGCCAUCACAGCCUCUGUGGACGCCAGGCCUCGUCAUGUCAAGCGCCAAUGGCCAGAAUGCUGCGCCAACUGGACCUCAACCCGAGUCAACUUCAUGUCCAUGCCACCAGCAGAGCGGCGGGACUAUACCAACGCGAUCAAGUGCAUGAUGCAGCAGCCGUCUCAACUGGUUGGCGUUGAGCCGUACGCAGACGUUGCCAUUAGUCGAUACUUCGAUUACGCCGUGGUCCACGUCGAUAGAUCCCAAUACAUCCACAACAGCGGCUUCUUCCUCACCUGGCACCGCUACUUCCUCCACCUCUUCGAAUCCGACCUACGCUCCCUCUGCAACUACAGAGGCCGCUUCCCAUACUGGAACUUUGGCGCCUCCUCCAGCAACGUCUCCAGCGCAACCACCUUCGACGGCUCCGCCUUCUCCAUGUCCGGCGACGGCCAAUACCUCGACUCCGGCCCUAUCGUCCUAGGCCCGAACUUCACCCUCCCCAAAGGCACUGGCGGCGGCUGCGUCACCACAGGUCCUUUCGCCAACCUCACUGUCCCCAUGAAGAACAUCCCAAACCCAUACCUAGCCAACGGCACUCUGCCAGCAGACGCCUACGCGUACCAACCCAAUUGCCUCAAGCGCGAUCUGAACACGUUCAUCGCAAGCACAUACACCAAUGCCUCCUCCAUCGUUGCAGCCACCCACGCGACAGACGCAGCGGCAUUCGAGACCGCGCUCAACGGCGUCUUUGGUGGUGGCUCGUUGGGCAUCCACAGCGGAGCGCACUUCGAAGUCGGCGGUGCCCAGGGGCAGAUGAGUUCGAUCUUUGUGAGUGUGCAAAAUCCAAUCUGGUUUCCGAUGCAUACUUUUGUGGAUCUAGUGUGGGAUUCGUGGCAGAGGAAUAAUCCUGACCAAGCGGAUGGGACUAGUGGGACGAUGACGGCGGGGAACGUGCCGCCAUCGGAUCUCGUGACAUUGGACAGUUCGUUACCUGACUGGGGAUAUCUGGAGCCAAACGAGGAUGGAAGUAUUCAGGUUGGAGACCUCUUGGACACGACUGAGGGUCCAUUCUGCUAUGACUAUGAUUUGCAGAUUAGCUGA